AUGGCUGAAGCUCAUGUCAACACUCUGUUUGGCGCUGCGGGGUUCUUAGGUCAGCUAGUUCAAAAUACAUUAAGCGCAUUUGAACUAUGGGACAAAGUCGAAAAGGCGACUGAGUCGGCCGAUCGAUACAUUGUUCGACUUCAAUUUUUGCGCGCCAGACUACACUGGUGGACACUGUGCUGGGGCCUUUUGGAUGAUGAAACAUCUCCUUCAGUAGUUGCAGAUCCUCGGUUUGAAAUUUAUUCAGCUACUGUCGCAAAUUAUCUGCAACUCAUUUCAAAGACACUGCGAAACCUAACUGCAUGUGAAGACACUGCUUCAGUUUUCAAAAGGUUAUACACUGCAAAUGCCUCAAGUAGCCUCAGCAGAUUGGUUAUGCUGCUUAAACCUCUAUCAAAUUUGCAAAGCACUGGAACCGAAAACGUGAACAACGAUGCAUCAAAUCUCAGAGAACGUCUCGAAUGGGCUUUACAGAACGGCAAGGCCAUGGAAAACUUGAAACUACUUUCUGUCUUGAUUCAAGAUCUGGAGGGGUUUCUUCCUGCUCCCGACUCCGACCUGAAUGGCACAAUUCUUGUCAACCCAGCGCUUAGAGCUAGUGCCUUGAAACUGAGGUGGUUGAGUCGUCAAUCAGAUUUUGACGUUUUCACCAUAUCUAUUGCUGAGCUCAAGGCGACAAGUCUGAGCCAAGUAAAUGAGUUCAAGCUUUCCCCACUCGACAAAUCAUCCAGACUUACUGGCAGCUUAGAUGAUCUGGGGGAAGUUCGAGCGGGCGCCCCUUACUUAGCAAAGUACAAUGGAGUCGCAGUCCUUGUGGGCAGAAAGCAAGUUCCCAUUAUGACUGAUCAUACGGUUCUGCGAGCCCGCAUUGAAAAAUUGGUACGAAUGUUGAGUUCCUCACAAAAUAUCAAAGAGCUCAGAACGCCUCCCUGCUUGGGAUACAUGUAUACAUCACCGGGAGAGGGCACGUUAUCUCAUACAUCUGAGAGUUGCACUUAUGAGAUACUUUACUCCCUCGAUGAGCAAAACUGUUAUUCAUUACGACAUGCGCUGUUUAAAAAAUGGAAAAUCUCGCUCCGCACGCGAUAUGAUAUUGCUAGAUCGCUCGCUCGAUCAAUUCUCUAUCUGCACGCUGUUGAAUGGCUUCACAAAGGAAUCAGAAGCAGCAACGUGGUCUUCUCUACAAACAAAGACUUGCCCCGUGACUCCGAGAAAUCUGAGAGCCCCAAAUUUGCGGUGUCCGGCCUCCCUUACCUCGUGGGCUUCGAAUAUAGCCGGAUUAACUCACGUGAUGAAGGUACUGAAAAAACAAUCGACACCUCGGAUCAUAAUCUCUAUCGACACCCAGACACCCAAGGCGAACCCAGCACCACCGACUCAAGCUUAUACUUAGGGGAGAAAGGUCGCUUCACAAAAAACCACGACAUAUUUAGCCUUGGCGUGAUACUUGUGGAACUCGGUGUCCUCAAGCCAGCUCAUAAGAUAGAAAGGGAUCUUAAAGAUCCCAAAAAGGACUAUAAAAACGCAGAACUUGAAGAUCGACCUCAGAAAUUCAAGGAACAUCUUCUAGAACUUGUCUCUGAGGUCGAAAAUAACAUGGGUCCUAUAUAUGCAAAUGUGACGUCUCAGUGCCUCGCGGCAAACUUCUACCGUCAAGAUGUGACGAUGGACCAAGAAGGUGCUGUGGCAUUUUACAGGGAUGUCAUUGCUCAACUUGGAAAAUGUAAAGUGUGA